CACCACAGCUAGCUAGUUACCGUGUGCAAUUUUCAGACAAAUGUGCCGGCUCUGUAGAUGCUAAAGCUAGGGUCAGGGAGGCACUGCAUAGCCAGCUGUGACUGUAACGUUAGUGAUAUAACUAGCUAAUGCAAUUUUAAAUGAUCAAUGCACUUUCAUUUGCUCGCAGUAGCAUUGCUUUCCCUCGGUCUGAUUAACAAAACUGAUUGCCUAUCCGUCCCACCUGGUUGACUACAGAUCACCUGCCAAAGUAAUGUCAACUGUAUCUGUGGAGCCAGUGCGCUCUAUUGACAAAUUGAAGCCUGCAGAAGGCAUCUGGCGCCUACGUCAUGUGAAGGGGGACCUGUUCUCCGGUCCUGAAGAUGAGGCCCUGGCCCACUGUAUCAGCAAAGACUGCCACAUGGGGGCUGGCAUCGCAGUUAUGUUCAAGAAGAAGUUUGGUGGAGUGGCUGAGCUAAAGGAACAGAAGAAGGUGCCAGGACAAUGCGCUGUACUGAAAGGACACAAGCGUUUUGUGUACUACCUGAUAACAAAGGAAAAGUACAGCAAAAAGCCCACCUAUGACAGCCUGAGGCAGAGCCUUGAGGACAUGAGGUCUCAUUGCUUAAAAAACGGAGUAACUGCAAUAUCAAUGCCUCGCAUUGGCUGUGGCCUUGAUCGACUGAGCUGGGACAAAGUGGAAAAGAUGCUUGAGAAGGUAUUCCAGCCCACAAGUAUCAGUAUCACUGUGUACACCCUCCCUGUAAAACCCACAGGGAAACCAAGUCCACGGGAAACCAAGUUUCCAAUAAUGUUUUCUGUAAAACAAAAUUAAGUUAAACUCACAGACAACAUAUCAGCAUACUGGUAUGCACCUGUACACAUUUGCUCUAGGCUGUACUUUUGAAAGAGAAUAAACACACUUUUCCUUGAAAUCAUA